AAAAAAAAAAUCCCACCCGACUAAACAUUUUCGUGUAAAACCAAAAUCACACCCAAAAUCUUUCCAUUUUCUCCUAUCUCCCACCGAAUCCAAGAUCACCAAAACUCUGGUCAUUUCCCAUGGCUCCCAAAUCCCAACCUUAAUCUUCACUCCUCGUCGUCUUCCUCCUCCUUUUCUCCAAUGGAGAACUACCCCUACCCGGACUCCCGCGAGUCCUCUCCUCGCUCCCGCGAAAUCGACUGCGAAACUGCCUCCUGGGCCGACGACCAACCACCGUCCGCCACGUCCACCUAUAAGGUCAAGUUCAUGUGCAGCUACGGGGGUAAAAUCCAGCCCCGCCCGCAUGACCACCAGCUCGCCUACGUCGGCGGCGACACCAAAAUCCUCGCCGUAGAUCGCAACAUCAAGCUCUCCGCUUUCGCCUCCAAGCUCGCCUCCCUCUGCGACACACCCAACGACGUCGUCUGCUUCAAGUACCAGCUCCCCGGCGAAGAUCUCGACGCCCUCAUAUCCGUCACGAACGACGAGGACCUCGAACACAUGAUGAUCGAGUACGACCGCCUCUACCGCGCUUCCGCUAAACCCGCAAGGCUCAGGCUUUUCCUCUUCCCUCUCGGCAACAACCCUUCCGCUAGCUUCGGCUCCAACGAGAGUAAGUCGGAGCGGCAGUGGUUCGUCGACGCUCUGAAUUCGGUUCAGAUUGGCUCUCCCGAUGGUUCUUCUCCGACGGCUCCGGUCACGGCGUCGCCGGCGAACCCCGAUUUCUUGUUCGGGUUCGAUAAGGGGUACUCGGCUGUACCGGUUCAGAAAUUUCCCGAAUCGGUUACUCCUCCGACGGUUCCCGAUUCGCUUGUGAAAAACCCUCUGGUUGGAUCGGAGGAUCGGCAGGUGGUCGGAGAACAGGUGAUGUCUCAGGUGGAGAUUCAGAGGCAGAUCCAGGAGUUGCAGAGGAUGCAAAUCGCCGCUGGUCAUGAGCCGACGACGAUCUAUCAUCGGAAAAGCGACGAAAUCGGAAAUCCUAGGGCUUAUACCCCCGAUUACUACUCUCAGAAACUUCCAGAAAACCUAGCACCAGUGCAAGGAUCUUCUCCGGUGGCAAUGUCGACACCUGUGCAAAUGCCUACUGCCUAUAUGCCGGAGAGGCACAUGAACACUGGGGGUUAUCCGGUGGCGGCUGGUCAGUCUGGACCGGACCAGCCAGUUUACCUCAUUUCAACGCCGACCGGGGUGUACCAGGCACCGGCUCAUAGACCCGCGACUGGACCGGUUGGUCAGGCGUACUAUGGAGUACCGCAGAGGAUGGUACCGGAGGUGUACCGAGACGCUCAGGCAUACAAUACUGCAGUGGCAGCACAGCAAGCUCAGCAAGUGCAGCAAGUGCAGCAAGCUCAGCAAGUGCAGCAAGCUCAGCAAGUGCAGCAAGCUCAGCAAGUGCAGCAAGCUCAGCAAGCUCAGCAAGCUCAGCACGCUCAACAAGCACAGCAGGCUCAGCAGGCAAAGGUUGGAGCUUAUAGCGAAGGGUUUGCACAGGUUGGAUACGAAGCGGUUGGGAGGCAGGUGUACUACACAACAGCUGGAGGUGUCGUUUCCUCAUAUCAAACGGUGGCCCCGGUGGCAGUAGACGGAAGACAAGGUGGUGUUGGUGCGUUGAAUCAAAUUCAAGACGACAAGUGACAAGAACCAAGAUAAAGAUAUUGGCAAUAUGUUAACAUUUGGGCCUGAUAUGUAGCUGCUUUGGUUAUCCAGAAAGUGGAUCCCUGCAUCGAUACAAGUAUUUUAUUCAAAACCUUGUGACUUUUGGUAUCUAUUCAUUAUUAAUCUGCGGGUGUGGUGGAAAUUA